AUGAAGUACCCCAUGCCUCUGUUAGAAGAUACCCUGGUAAAACUAGCAAGCGCCAAGUUUUUUACAAAAAUCGACAUCCGUCAAGCCUUCCAUAGGUUGCGAAUGGUGAUGCCCUUUGGGCUGACGAACGGCCCAGCAAUCUUUCAAUGCUUUAUCAACGACUGCCUGAGGGAUAUCCUGGACAUCUACUGCAGUUCGUACGCCGACGACAUCCUGAUCUAUUCAGAGUCGGCCGAGGAAAACGUGCGCCAGACCGAGGAAGUCAUUCGACGACUGGCAGCGGCAGGCCUACAGGGCGACAUCAAGAAGAGCCUUUUGCGUCACCGAGGGGCAAUCUUCAAGAUCGGCAAGCAAGAGGAAGCGGCUUUUGAAGCACUCAAGGAAGCCCUGGUCCGAGCUCCCGGAAUGGGCUUCUGGAAGAUAGGCGCCCUGACUCGGAUAGAGACUGAUGCGUCAAAGCAUUCGGUAGGCGCCACCGCUUUACAACAACAGAACGACAACUCAUGGAAGCCGGUGGCCUACUUCUCCAAGACCUUGUCGUCAACAGAGACGGUAUGGCCUAUCCAAGACCGAGAAUUCCUCGCCAUCAUCCGCGCCCUAGAAGAGUGGAGGCCAGAGCUGGAGAACAUAAUUGCAGAUGCCCUGUCCCGGAAAAGCGAGAACUUCGAGACCGUCAGAGCCAGAGACCUGGAUUCCCGCACCAUGGAACUGGUCCCGAACGAUCGGGUACCCGCAGAAGUUCUCGAGGAGACACAUGUCGAAGCUGCUCCCCUAGACAUCGCGGCAAAUUCUGAGGACCGCGGCCCAGCAGUACCUGGGGAGGCACCAGCCGGAGUGUUCCUUGUGGAGCUGAUUGUCCGGGAAAAUGAGAAACAGAUUCCCAAGGAGGACCGGCGGAAGGGAGAUCGUAUCUGGGUGCCGGAGUACUCGUCAGAAGGGCUCGCACUGCGAACUGCCUUAAUCCGGGAAGUCCACGAACCCAAAUCAAGGGGUCAUCCCGGGAAGAACAAGAUGAAGGCGAUGCUGCGGCCGUUCUAUUACUGGCCACGUAUGGAUGAGGAUCUCGCGCGCUACGCACGCAAUUGCCAGGCAUGCCGUAGGAACAAGGUGUGGAAAGAUAAGUCACCUGGAUUGCUCCAUUCGUUGCCCGUCCCAGAGGAACCUUGGCAUACCGUGCUGGUGGACGGAAAGGACAUGCCGAAUGAUCGAAAUGGAUUCGACUACGUUUGGACGUUCAUCUGCAAGCUGAGCAAGCUGAUUCUCACGAUUCCGGGGAAAAAGACAGACACCGCCGAAAGACUGGCCAAGCGAUAUUACCGCCGCGUGUUUGGUCACCUCGGUCUACCGAAGAUUUGGCUCUCGGACAACGGACCACAGUUCAUUUCGAAAUUCAUGGCCAAGGUCAACGAGAUGACGGGAACAGAGCACAAAUUCGGCAGUGCCUACCAUGCGCAGACUCAAGGAGGCGUGGAGAUUACCAACCAGUAUCUUGACCAACGCUUGACGUUUUACGUGUCGUAUUUUCAAGACGAUUGA